AAUAGCAUUAACACAAAGCAAAAGGCAUCGACAUAUAAACCCAACCGCUUGAAAAUAAAACCUCUACUGUCACUCUUUUUCAUGGCGGUAUUCGAUGCGGUUCUCAGCAACCUUACCAUAACCUACGUGGCAGUCAUCGUCUGUAUCAAGUUCUACGGCUUUAUCUCCGGUCGAACCUUCACCGGUGCUUUUAUUCUGAUGAUGUCAACCACCGUGGUGAUCCUUAUUCUAAUAACAACACUGGCGUGGGAUGUUUCUCGUAAAGUCACGGAUGCCUUCAACGGCCACCAUCCACCUCGUCACAUCCAUGAUGAGAUCAUUUGCAAGGGAGGUAUCUGUUGGCACGGCGUCGCCGUCCGAUCACCGGCUUCUCAGGUCCGUUUCAGACUUCCACAGCAGAUGUUUCCCAUUCCUAACGCCGUUUUGUAAUAGUACUAUUCGGUGAAGAUAGUGAGAGGAGGAAAAAUGAUGUGAAAAGGAUGUUAUUUAAUAUAAUUAGUACUUUAUUAUCUUUAUAGUUUUUUUAUUAUUUAAUAUUUGCUGCCUAACUUUUGUCUAAUACCGGGUGGGUGUACUAGAUGCGUGUUUGGGAUUUUCAUUGAGAGUGUCUUGAUAUAUGUAUAUAUAAAUGCAUUAAAUUAAAGGUAUCUAUAUAAAUAGAAUUAUAUUGUUACUUUGCAAUAAUUAUAUCUUUAUUAUAAAACAACAUUUGUCUAAA